AUGGAAAAAAACAUAUCCAACAUCUCAGCCACAGCAGAGCCUGAGGAUGAAAGCCUUGUGAGUAAUGACACAUCCGUCACCAUUGGCGCCCUCAUCCUUAGCAUUGUCUUCAUCUUGGGAGUGCCUGGAAACAUCUUCGUCAUGUGGAGUAUUCUGGCACGCGUCCGCAAGCGAUCCGUCACCUCCCUCCUCAUCCUCAACUUGGCGUUUGCUGACGGCCUCCUCAUGUGUCUCACCAUUUUCUUUGUAAUCUACCUUGCCCAGCAGACCUGGGUGUUUGGCAGAGCCAUGUGCAAAGUGCUGUUCUACCUGUGUAACACUAACAUGUAUGCCUCCGUAUUGCUCAUCACUCUAAUGAGCUUACACAGAUUGGUGGCAGUGGUGUGGCCCAAGCGAGUGAGCACUUUCCACGCGCGUAAAAUUGUCAUAAGAGUGCUCUGUGGACUCUGGGUCUCCGUGUUUAUUUUGGCUGUCCCAGCGGUGGUGUUUAGGGACAUCAGGGAAGACACCGCCGAAAACGGGAGAGACCGAAUAGUGUGUGCGCCCAACCACCCAAAGGACGGUUAUAUAGUGAUGCAAUACGCUCUGGAGACGGUGCUUGGGUUUCUGAUUCCUUAUGGGGUAAUAAUCGGUUCCUACGUGUGCAUUCUACGUCGCCUUCGACAGACAAAGUUCAAAAGACGGAUCCGCAGCGAGAAUCUCAUCCAAGCCAUUGUUGUAGUCUUUGGCAUUUUCUGGUUUCCUUAUCACUUUAUCAACAUGGUGCAGGUGGUAGCUGCACUUUCACCAGAAAAUUCAAAACUAAAAGAGAAGUUGGAUGAUAUCUGGGUGAACAGUCGGGCAGUCACCUCCUCUCUGGCUUUCAUCAGCAGUUGUGUCAACCCUGUUCUCUACACCUUCGUUGCGCUGCCCUACAUCCGAGCAGAGGGCUUAGCAUUCAUGGCCCGUCUGUUUGAGGGCACGGCUCCAGAUUCGGGCAGGAAGAGUCGGAUGAACGGCCAAGAAAGUCAAGAACGGGACAAAAACUUCGACAGCCUGUUAAUAUGUACUUUUUAA